CUAGAAGGAUAUCAUCAGUUUAAAACUUACAAUCUUUUUGCUCAGCAUAAACGUUGUGCUCAAUCAUGAUCGCUAAGAUUGCUCUUCUCCUCACUGCUCUUGCAGCAGUUGAUGCCACUGUCUUGGCUCCUGGACUUCUGAAUGCCGGAAUCGUGGGUCCUGCCACUGUCUCUACUGGAUCAGUGGUUGCUAUUCCUGGAGCAGUGACCACUGACAAGAGAGUCAUCAGUACCACUGGACUCAUCGCUGGAGCUCCCCUCCUUAGUUCAGGAGUCAUCGGAAAUUCACUCCUCGCUAAUGGUCUAAUCGGUGCUCCAGUUCUCAACAGUGGUCUAAUCGGUUCUCCACUUCUCAACAGUGGUCUCAUCGGAGCUCCUCUCCUGAAUUCUGGCAUCGUUUCCCCCAUCGGUCUAAAAAGCGGGGGAAUCCUUGCUGCUCCUGGAGUUGUCAAGACAAUUUUGUAAAUUAAAAUGUAUUUGGAAACUCCGUGAUAUUACAGUGCCAAAUAACGUGAUCUCUAAAAAUAAAAUGCGUAUAUUCUAAAUGCUUCAUGUAUUCUGUUGAUCAAAUAUGAUGUCGGAGAAGAUUUGUA